GUCAUUUGUCAAUAGAAUGUGGACUUCACUACGUCAAAAGAUUAUAGUCCAUUUUCGCUUUUCUUCGUACGCGCAAGACGCGCAUGAACUUUGCCCGCAUUACAUCAUCGACGGUACAAUUUUCACAUGCAACAAGACAUUUGAUUGGCUUAUCGUACGACGGAAACUACCGAAAUUCUUUCAAGUCUUAUGAUUGGUUGACAAAAGUACUGCCUCGGUACAAAGUUCGAGAGAAGCAUAAAAAUAAAUACGUUUCGCGACUACCAUCAGACUUCAAGAAGUCCCUUGCCUGCUAGUGUAACGCAUCACUCUAAAGCGAUUUUAAGUCAACAGCAACAUUAAGAUUACCGAAAUGGCCGCAGCCGAUGUUCAGAUGCCCCAAAAAGUUGAAAAUGGCGUUGAGACGCCAGCUGAAGACGCGAAGUCUUUCACGUCUCGGCUUUAUGAGCUGCCCGUAGUAAUGGCGGCGAUGGAACAACUUUCACAGAUUUACGGCAACGUGAAAGAGCGAAACGCUGUUACCAAGAAAGUGUGCGAGGCUGGAGAGUCGACUCUUUCUGUAGCGACGGCAGCGUCAAAACCAUUGAUCCAGAAGGCUACCAACACAGCCUUUACUUUGGCCAAACCAGUCAUUGGAGAAGUGAACGACCCAGUUUCAACAAUUGACAAUGUUGCAAGUGAGACUUUGGCCAAGGUUGAGGAGAAAUUCCCCGUCAUCACCAAGACCCCUACUGAGAUUGCAGAGAUGACUAAGAUGGCCGUCACUGGCCGUGCCUACAGUGCUUACGAUAACAUCCAGAACAUGUCUGUGACCAAGAUGCUGACAAGCAAGGCCAGCGAUGUUGUCUCAUUCACCGAGCUGAUGGCUGAGAUUGCUCUGCCUACCGAUGGGAAUUGUGAAGAGGAUAUCAAAGAGUUGGAGACUGCAGAUAAGGAUAGUGACAAGGGUGUUGUUGUCAGGGCGACCCACCUGGGCAAGAGGGUGACAAGACGUGGCAAGCGCACGCUGAUGCAGUACAAACCUGUUCAGAUGACAAUUGAUGCCGUAAACUGUGCCCAGGAACGCCUGACCGGAAUUGUAGAAAAAUCAACUGAGACGUCAAAGAAAGUCUACGAGGCCUACCUGUAUUUCCCUGAGACUGCUACGAAGAUCUCUGGAGAAGUUGUUGUCUCUGCCAAGGAAUUUGUCUUUGCUUUUGCAAAUGCCCAUCCAGUGAAAGACCUCCCAGCAGCUGUCCUCAACCUUACCAAGACCACCAUGGAACCCAUCGCCAGUGUCAAGGACAAGGCUCUUGCCUAUGUGUUCGUCCCUAGCAACGUGAUCGCUGAGUAUGUCCUAUCUUCUCGCCCUGUUCAGUGGAUCAUCCCCCAUAUCGUCUCCGAGGAAGAUCUCAGCAAACUUGAGAUCAGUAUGGAGGAAAUUGAGGAUGAGCCAGCCUCUGAGGAGGAGGUCAAGCAGUAAAUGCAUCCAUAUUAAUAUUUUGUAAAAUAUUGAUUAACUUCAGAUAAAAUCUCAUAUUGUUUAUCAGUAAAUUUAAUACAUUACAAUGCAUUGAUUACAUGUUGAUCUUGAAAAGUGUGUGAUGCAGGUUGAAAUGAUUUUGAUACAGCUACUGUGUGCCAAUGUUAACUGAAACUAAACCAGAAAUAAAGUGAAUAUCUAGAAUGAGUUGUAGUGGGCCUAAGAAAAAGACAUUGUACAAAUAAUGAUACAAAGACUAACAAGUUAACAAGUUUCUAGCCUGCAGUGAUGAACAUUCAUGAAUGAAAAAAAAAUCUGUUUAAUUGUACUUUUAUUUAAUUAUUGUUUAAAUGAUAGGGUGUUGUUCUCAUAAUAUUUCAUUGGAUUUGCUUCUCAACAAUAAAAACAAUGUGAACCAGA